GUCACACGCCGGCGACAGUGACGCGCGGGCCGUUUCCCUUCUCAGCAGUAGCUCUAUGGUUUCAGGGCGGCAACGUGCGGUGUCCUUACCUUGAGCCUGUGCAGUUGCCCGCACCCCGGAAUCCAUAGUCACUGUGGCGAGGUGGGAGGACUUGAGUGACAGGUGGCCUCCCAGUCCCACACGUUGCGGGUUCGUGCCUGGCCAAGCCAUCUCGACCUGUGAAGUUGGGGGCGGUACCCAGCAACUCCCCCUGAGCAGCCGCCGUUUCCAAGGGGUCAGGAACCGCAGUGUUUGUUUCGUCCACGUAGCCAGGGCCGGUCGCGGAGCACGGUGCCUGACCCGACGGUGGCAAGCCUGACGCGUCAGCCAGAGACCGGUGCCCGAUGUAGGAGUCGCAGUCUGGGCUGUGAGCGGCUGCUGGGUAGACAGACUUGCUUUCUCUUACAGCAUGUCAUUUCCAAAAUGCAGCGUGGUGCCUCUGCCUUAAGUCCUAUAGGAAGACGCUGCCGCAGCUAGACCCGUGCUUAUGGUCGCCGCUGCUGUUCUGACUCAGGUUCCGUAUCAUUGAGCAUAUGUAUAAAAAUGCCUUAGGAAAGAACCAUGGAGAAGUAUGUGAGACUACAGAAGAUUGGAGAAGGUUCAUUUGGAAAAGCUGUUCUUGUUAAAUCUACAGAGGAUGGCAGACAUUAUGUUAUCAAGGAAAUUAACAUCUCAAGAAUGUCUGAUAAAGAAAGGCAAGAAUCAAGGAGAGAAGUUGCUGUGUUGGCAAACAUGAAGCAUCCAAAUAUUGUCCAAUAUAAAGAAUCAUUUGAAGAAAAUGGCUCUCUUUACAUAGUAAUGGAUUACUGUGAAGGAGGCGAUCUGUUUAAACGAAUAAAUGCUCAGAAAGGCACUUUGUUUCAAGAAGAUCAGAUUUUGGACUGGUUUGUGCAGAUAUGUUUGGCUCUGAAGCAUGUACAUGAUAGAAAAAUUCUUCACCGAGACAUAAAGUCACAGAACAUAUUUCUAACCAAAGAUGGGACAGUGCAGCUGGGAGAUUUUGGAAUUGCUCGAGUUCUUAAUAGUACUGUAGAGCUGGCUCGAACUUGCAUAGGGACUCCAUACUACUUGUCACCUGAGAUCUGUGAAAACAAGCCUUAUAACAAUAAAAGUGACAUUUGGGCUUUGGGAUGUGUCCUUUAUGAGCUGUGUACACUUAAACACGCAUUUGAAGCUGGAAACAUGAAAAACCUGGUACUGAAGAUAAUAUCUGGAUCCUUUCCUCCAGUGUCUCUCCAUUAUUCCUAUGAUCUCCGCAGCUUGCUCUCUCAGUUAUUUAAAAGAAAUCCUAGGGAUAGACCAUCAGUCAACUCCAUAUUGGAGAAAGGUUUUAUAGCUAAACGCAUUGAAAAGUUUCUUUCACCUCAGCUUAUUGCAGAAGAAUUUUGUCUAAAAACGUUUUCAAAGUUUGGACCACAGCCUAUCCCAGGUAAAAGACCAGCAUCAGGACAAGGCAUCAGUCCUUUUGUCCCUGCUCAGAAAAUCACAAAGCCUGCUGCUAAAUACGGAGUGCCUUUAACAUAUAAGAAGUACGGAGAUAAAAAGUUACUUGAAAAAAAACCACCCCCAAAACAUAAACAGGCCCAUCAAAUUCCAGUGAAGAAAAUGAAUUCUGCAGAAGAAAGGAAGAAAAUGUCUGAGGAAGCAGCAAAAAAAAGAAGGUUGGAAUUUAUUGAGAAAGAAAAGAAGCAAAAGGAACAGAUUAGGUUCAUGAAGGCUGAGCAGGUGAAGAGGCAAGAGAAGCAGCGGUUGGAGAGGAUAAAUAGGGCCAGGGAGCAAGGAUGGAGGAAUGUUUUAAGGGCUGGUGGAAGCGGUGAAGUAAAGGCUUCCUUUUUUGGCAGUGGAGGGGCUGUUUCUCCAUCGCCUUGUUCUCCUCGAGGCCAGUAUGAACAUUACCAUGCCAUUUUUGACCAGAUGCAGCGGCUAAGAGCAGAAGAUAAUGAAGCAAGAUGGAAAGGGGGAAUAUAUGGUCAAUGGCUCCCAGAAAGGCAAAAAGGACCCCCAGCUGUAGAGAGGGCCAAGCAAGUGGAGGAGUUCCUGCAACGCAAACGGGAGGCUAUGCAGAAUAAAGCCCGGGCCGAGGGACAUGUGGGAAUCCUGCAAAACCUGGCAUCUCUGUAUGGAGGCAGGCCCAGCUCUUCAAGAGGAGGGAAGCCCAGGAACAUUGAGGAAGAGGUUUAUCUGGCAAGACUGAGGCAAAUAAGACUACAAAAUUUUAAUGAGCGCCAACAGAUUAAAGCCAAGCUUCGUGGUGAGAAUAAAGAAGCUGAUGGUACCAAAGGACAAGAAGCAACUGAAGAGGCUGACAUGAGGCUCAAAAAAAUGGAGUCACUUAAGGCCCAAACAAAUGCACGUGCUGCUGUACUAAAAGAACAGCUGGAGCGAAAAAGAAAGGAAGCUUAUGAAAGAGAAAAGAAAGUAUGGGAAGAGCAUUUGGUGGUGAGGGUAAAAAGCUCAGAUGUUCCUCCACCUUUGGAGAAUCUUGAAACAGAUGGUUCUCCAUCAAAGCAGCAGAUGAAACCUGUUAUUUCUGUGACUUCAGCUUUGAAAGAAGUGGGCCUGGAUGGAAGUUUAACUGAUACCCAGGAAAGUUCAGAAGAAAUGGAAAAGAAUAGCAAUGCUAUUUCAAGUAAGCGAGAAAUACUGCGUAGGCUAAAUGAAAAUCUUAAAGCUCAAGAGGAUGAGAAGGAAAAGCAUCAUCACUCUGAUUCUUGUGAGACCAUUGUUCACAAAGAUGAAAGAGAGUAUGAGAAGGAAAAUGCCGUUUCCUCUGAUCGCAAGAAGUGGGAGAUGGGAGGUCAGCUUGUGAUUCCUCUGGGUGAAGUGACACUGGAUACAUCCUUCUCUGCAACUGAAAAACAUACUGCAGGAGAGGUUAUUAAGUUAGAGUCUAAUGGCUCUCCAAGAAAAGUCUGGGGGAAAAGCCCCACGGAUUCUGUGCUGAAGAUACUUGGAGAAGCUGAGUUACAGCUACAGACAGAACUACUAGAAAACAUGCCUUUCAAAAGCGAGAUUUAUGCUGAAGAGAAGAACAACAAACCCGUACUCACUGGAGAAGAGAAUUUGCACUGUAUUUCAAAAGAAAUAAACCCAUCAGCUACUGUUGAUUCUAUUGAAACAAAAAGUCCAAAGUUGACUGAGGUAUCUCCACCAAUGUCAGAAAGAAAUGUGGAAGAGCCUGAUGACUUGGAAACAGAAGUUCUACAAGAACCAAGCAGCACACACACAGAUGGGAGUUUGCCACCUGUUCUUAAUGAUGUGUGGACUAGAGAGAAGGAAGCAACUACAGAAACUGAGUUGGAAGAUAAGGUUGAUAUGGAACAGAGUGAAGCUUAUGAAGAUGGAAUUCCAGGGAAUGUGGACCAAUCUUGUAAGGAUCAUAGAGGCCCUGCAGUAGAGGAUUCUCCCCAGUCUGGGUGUGAUGUAGAGAAGUCAGCACAGCCAGAAUUGUUUUUCCAGAAAGUGGGUCAUCCUGAGGACUUGAACUUAGUUCAUUCAGUUCAUUGUUCACCACAAGAAUCAAUUCCGACUCGAGCUCACUCCGAUUCUCCCCCAAAAACUAAAGGCAGGAAUUCCUUACUGAUUGGACUUUCAACUGGUCUGUUUGAUGCAAACAACCCAAAGAUGCUGAGGACCUGUUCACUUCCAGAUCUCUCCAAGCUGUUCAGAACGCUAAUGGACGUUCCCACUGUGGGAGAUGUUCAUCAAGACAGUCUUGAAAUCGAUGAGCUUGAGGAUGAGCAUAGUAAAGAAGGGCCCUCUGAUUCCGAAGACACUGUAUUUGAAGAAACUGACACAGAUUUACAAGAGCUUCAAGCCUCCAUGGAGCAGCUGCUUAGGGAGCAACCAGGUGACGAAUACAGCGAGGAGGAAGAGUCUGUCUUAAAAAGCAGCGAUGUGGAGCAGACAGCAAGAGGGACAGAUGCCCCCGACGAGGAGGACAACCCCAGCAGUGAAAGCGCCCUAAACGAAGAAUGGCACUCAGAUAAUAGUGAUGCUGAGACUACUAGUGAAUGUGAAUAUGACAGUGUCUUUAACCAUUUAGAGGAACUAAGACUUCACUUGGAGCAAGAAAUGGGCUUUGAAAAGUUCUUUGAAGUUUAUGAGAAAGUGAAGGCUAUUCAUGAGGAUGAAGAUGAAAAUAUUGAAAUUUCUUCAACAAUAGUUGAGAAUAUUUUGGGCAAUGAGCAUCAGCAUCUCUAUGCCAAGAUUCUGCAUUUAGUCAUGGCAGAUGGAGCCUACCAAGAAGAUAAUGAUGAAUAAUCCUCAGACCAUUCUUUAAUAGUCAACUAUAAGAACACAUUUGAACUUGGCUCAUAAUACAAGCUUCCUGGGAAAUAGAGAUUAUUUAUGAGAAAUACCAGAUUUAAGAUGGGGAAUGCUUAUUGCAUGAAAAAAAUUGAAACGUGUGAUUCUUUUCCUCACAUUUUAUCUACCUUAUUUUGUUUAAUGGAUUCUACAGCUGACUCUCAUAGAAUGUAUGUUUCUUUAAAUCACCUCACCAAAGCAUUGACUCCGAACUAAAGAUUUACCAUGCAAUAAGGAACUACUUUUAGCAACUGCCUUUCUGUGGGAGAGUUGCCUAUAUCAAAAAGGCCUGCUCUUGGUGUUUCAUUUAAAUUUCAGCGUGACUUUUUUUUCCCCGUCUAGCAUUUUUUCAUCCUGGCUAGCAAUUCUGUGUUAAAUAAUUCUUGUCAAGGGCUCUAUUCAAAUCUCUACAUUUAGAAGAUGAAAUUUUAGCCUAAAAGUUUGUAUUCUUAAAUUAUUUUCAACCACUGGAUCUCUCCCUUAGCUACCCAAUGGAAACAAGCUGUAGAAGCAAGCCUAAAAAUCAUUUAAAGAUUUGAUUUUAAGGGAAUAGCAAGGUUAUAUUUACUGAUACUUAAAAGUUCCCUAAUUCUUCUAUUUCUCUUUAUAGACCAAAAAUGCUGUAUCUAAAAAUCAGGCUAUAAUUUUAAACCUAGAAUAUAGCAUAAAAUUGUCCUUUUGGUUUUUAACUCCUCGCAUACAUGUGGCUCAGUGGUCACCUGUGUUAAAAAGGAAGAGGGGCCUUUUUCUUUUGGCACCAUGACAAUUUAGUAACUACUAUGGGGAAGUGUUUGCCUAUUAUUUUCAGUGUGAGGAUUUAACCAGGUCAUUACAAUGGUGGUCACAUAGUUUCAGUUAUAUGAACCUACAUAUAGAAACAGUUAUAGCUUCAGAAUUUGCAAAGUAUACAUUGUGUCAUUAUCUACAGUCCAGAUGUUCCUAAUAAAAUAAAAGCAGAAAUGUGUACUUCUUGGUACCAGUCAACCUGAUUGGUGUAACCUGUCAUCUGAAACAUGGAAUCUUACCUUGUAGCACUAUUAGUACUGUAUUGACUUUAUUAUGUAUUAUUUCUAACAUCCAAAGUAAAUAGUUAAUUUUUCUAUUUUUAUUUUGUACUAUUAAAUUUCUAUGAUGUACCUAA